AUGAAAGUUUUAAAUUUAAUAAUUCUUGCUCAGUUAGCAAAUGCGUUAACUAUUGAUCAUGCAGCAAUUUCUCAACCAAGUGAUGAAGUCAUUUCUCAAUCUGGAAUUCUUGGAGAUGGAAUGAAAACCAAGUAUCUGAUUAAAAAAGGGAUUAAAAUUAGAGCUCAAGGGGUUGGUAAUGAACAAACCCCUCAAGUUUUGAGCCCUGAAAAUAUUGUUGGGGCUGGUAUUGAUGCUAAUGUUGUCGUUGGUGCUGAAGGUAAUGGUAUUACACCAAAUACUCAGCAACCACAAAGAGUUGAAUUGGCAGCUCGUGGAUUUGGUGAAAUUUUUUGGCAAUUGAUUAAUAUUGGUAAAGAAUUGACUAUGGAAAAGGUUGCUAUUUUGAAGGAAAUUUUAGGUUUAUUGGAUAAGAUUAAAACAAUUAGAAAUGGUACUGGUUAUAAUAAACCAAUGAUUCCUGAAUGGGAUGGUAUUUAUCAACCAGUGAAGAUG